AUGGAUAGAGUUCACGUUAAGAUUAUCAAACUAUGGAAGCAGUUUUUGAAUGGUGUCCCAACUUUGGAAAUGGUCUUCAUUGAUGAGAAGAAUGAAACAAUGCAUGCUACUGUGAGAAAAGAAUUAAUUAAAAAAUUCGAAAACUCCAUUGAAGAAGGAGAAUGUAAAAUCAUCGGUAACUUUACUGUUACUCACAAUGGUGGAAGGUUCAGGACCACAUCUCAUCCCUACAAGAUUCAAUUUGCAGGAACUACUUCCGUUAGGCCCUCCGAGGAAUUGCCUCCGCAUAUCAUUGGUUUGAAAAGUGUGAACUUCAGUGAUAUCCAUGAUGGAAAACUGAAUCCUGACUUCUUGAUAGACGUCAUUGAUCAGAUUGUGGACAUUGGGGAUGUUGAAAUUCUUAACGUAAACAAGAAACAAACCAAGCGGCUUACCAUGUCUCUGUGA